GCUCGUAAUCGGAGUGAAGAGAGGUCUGUGGACACCGGCGCCAUGGUCAGGAGACACCAGGCCAUGCUGGUCAGAGACAGGCUUCAGCUGCUGUGUGUGUGUGCACUGCUCUUGGCAUCACUGUGCCCUGGGGUUUCCUCUAAGCAUGGUGGGUUUUGGGGUCGGGGGAAAGGCGGGGGCCUGGGUGGCAGACAUGCCCCCAUGCACAACACAGGCUCAUCCAGGGCUGGGAUGAAGAUUGCAGGGGCUGCAGCUGCCGGCGCAAUAGGAGGGGCGGCGAUCGGCUAUGGGCUUGGCAGUCUGGGCAGACCCGGGUACGGGUACGACCACGGGUAUGGCUGGGACCCCUCAAAUGGAAACAGACGUUACCAUGACAGAUCAGAAUACUACAACAGCUCGGAUGGGAGGUACUACAGGGGAGGGGCCAGCUCGGGUCCUGCUCUGAGCAUGAUCACCACUCUCGGAGUCGCACUCUGCAUCCUUCUGUGGUGAGGAAAGAAACCUCAUGUCUCUAUUAACCCUUCUGGACACCAUCGACCAGCUUCACUAAGACAGGGUUCCAAAGGUAACGCAGCAGUGUGAGAGUUCUGUGCUGUAUUAGAGAUGAAGGAGAGCUCCGGGAAACUUUAAAUGUGCCUAAUCUGUCACAUCCCUGUAAGACUUUUAAGUGUGCAUAAUCUCAGAAUCACUGUUAUUAUAGAUCUGCUGCUGAAAGAAAUUAGCUAUGUUUCCAUGGUUACGAUGUGGAUAAUAGUUAUCCCAUAAAAUCUGGAUCUUUUAACAUUUGAUAACAACAGCAGUUGGUAGAUUAUUUGAAAAUAUUUAAAUUGUGUCAUGAAUAAUUUUCACUACAUGUUGAAUUUUUCCUCUGAAAAGAAGUAAAUGGAUUUAUUGAUUAUUAUGUACAUCAAUAUAAAGAGUCAAUUUAAAACUUGUCCUUUAACACAAUUAAAAUCAAAAUGACUACUCUUUCUACCAUUAGGAACAGAGAGAGAGUGUUCAUGGAGGAUCUCUUAAAGUAACACAUAUAAGUACUGUAUACACACAGUUACAUAUAGUGCUUACAUAUUUGUACAUUUUUCAGUAAUUACUUAAUGCAAUAUAGUCUGCUUUUAUAAUAAAUUAUUAUUAAUUGUUAGAAUUAUUAUUAAGUAAUUCACAAUUUAAACAUUGUUGUGAAAUGCCAAUGUGAAGGGUUUUUUUUUUGUUUUUUUCUUUUUGUUUUUUGUUUUUUUGUUUUUUUAAUAAUUAGCCCAUUUCAGUGUAUUAUUAAAUUUAUACUCAAGCGUUUUAUAUCCCACUCCACCCCUUCCCAAAGGAGUUCAUGUUUCUUUUAAUAAUUUGUGUGAGAUAAAUAAACACUCAUUAGUGGUUUGGUUCUGCUA